UCUUGGUUACCUUCCCUCCCAAUUACUAACCUUAUUCUGUUCAACAAUUUCUAUUUUUAACUCACAAACGGUUGAUCUUUGUAACAGACAUAGUAAUAAUAGUGGAGGUUAUUUCCAUUACAGAUUUCCUCGCAGCUUCUUGGUAGCUUCUGUUAAACCGUGAUAUAUAUAGGGGGCAUAUAGGAAUCCAUCCUUCCACCACCAAUUAAAUUCAGUUUCGCACCAAUUCAGCAAAUCCUUGGACCAUUUUCUUUGAGAGUAAUCGCUUGUGUUUCUCGAAAUUGUGAGUAGUUUGAUCCAUUCAUCUUUGUUGGUCGCUUGAUUCGGCAGCGCCUGAUCGAUCAGGAUCGGGUACUGGAUGGAGUGCGCUGACUACUUCAUCGGCUCCGGGCGGCGGUGCUCGCCGUCGACGUCGACGUCGACGUCGAGAGAGGCGUGGAGGCCGGAGAAGCAAUGGCGGAAAGCCACCAACGUCAUCAGGGGGUGUCAUAGGCUUCUGCGCCUCGGCGUCCUCUCCGCCGCCGCCGGCAUCAUGCGCCGGAACCCCUCCUAUGUCGAGAUCAAAGUGCACGACGAAGGCGAGCUGGACGUCUCAUCCGGCGGCGACGGCGAGGCACCCGUGGCGUUCACUGUCGCCGCAGAUGAUGAGUCGUUCAAGGGACUCGUCAAGAACAAGCGGGAGGACUGCUUCCGCCUUCUGGGCGGCGGCGCCGGCGUCGCGGCGGUGCUGGCGUCCGGCGCGGAGCGCGGCAUCCGCGGCGACGAUGCCGACGUGGCGCGCCGCAAGAAGGCGUUCGGAUCGAACACCUACCCGAAGCCCAAGCCCAAGGGGUUCUUCCGCCACGUGUGGGACGCGCUCGCCGACGUCUUCCUCAUCGUGCUCCUCGUCUGCGCCGCCGUCUCCCUCGCCUUCGGCAUCAAGGAGCACGGCAUCAAGGACGGCUGGUACGACGGCGUCAGCAUCUUCCUCGCCGUGUUCCUCGUCGCCGCGGUCUCCGCCGUCAGCAACCACAGCCAGGGCAAGCGGUUCGACAAGCUGGCACGGGAGUCCGAGAACAUCAUGGUCAGCGUCGUCCGCGCCGCGCGGCGCCAGGAGGUGUCCAUAUUCGACGUCGUCGUCGGCGACGUGGUGGUGCUCAAGAUCGGCGACGUCGUCCCCGCCGACGGCGUGUUCCUGGACGGCCACGCGCUGCAGGUCGACGAGUCGAGCAUGACCGGCGAGCCGCACCCCGUCGAGGUCGACGCCGUCAAGAGCCCCUUCCUCGCCUCCGGCGUCAAGGUGGUCGACGGCUACGGCAAGAUGGUGGUCACCGCCGUCGGGACGGACACGGCGUGGGGCGAGAUGAUGCGCACCAUCACCAGGGAGAACACCGACCCGACGCCGCUCCAGGAGCGCCUCGAGGGGCUCACCUCCAGCAUCGGCAAGGUCGGCAUCGCCGUCGCGGUGCUCGUCUUCGCCGUGCUCACGGCGAGGCACUUCACCGGCAGCACCAGGGACGAGCAGGGCAACGCGCUGUUCGACAAGAGGAAUGUCACCUUCAACGCCGUGUUCAGCGGCCUCGUCGGCAUCUUCCAGCAAGCCGUCACCAUCAUCGUCGUCGCCAUCCCCGAGGGCCUCCCGCUCGCCGUGACAUUGACGCUGGCCUUCUCCAUGAAGAGGAUGGUGAGGGAGAACGCGCUGGUGCGGCGGCUGUCGGCGUGCGAGACGAUGGGCUCGGUCACCGCCAUCUGCACCGACAAGACCGGGACGCUGACGCUGAACCAGAUGAAGGUGACGGAGUUCUGGGUCGGCGCCGACCGGCCAAGAUCCGCCGCGGCGGUGAACGGCGGCGUCGUGAGGUUGCUCUGCCAGGGCGCCGGGCUGAACACCACGGGCAGCGUGUACAAGCCGGACAACGUGUCGCCGCCGGAGAUCACCGGCAGCCCGACGGAGAAGGCGCUGCUGUCGUGGGCGGUGGAGGAGCUCCCCAUGGACGCCGACGCGCUCAAGAGGAAAUGCAAGGUGGUGCGCGUCGAGGCGUUCAACUCCGACAAGAAGCGCAGCGGCGUGAUGCUCCGCGACGCCGCCACCGGCGCGGUGACCGCGCACUGGAAAGGCGCCGCCGAGAUGGUGCUCGCGAGGUGCACCGUGUACGUCGGCGCAGACGGCGCCGCGCGCGAGCUCGGCGUGGAGCAGAGGAGGAAGCUCGAGCAGGUGAUCAACGACAUGGCGGCGGCGAGCCUCCGCUGCAUCGCGUUCGCCUACAAGCAAGUCGUCGACGGCGGCGACAGCGACAACGCCAAGAUCGACGACGAGGGGCUGACAUUGCUGGGCUUCGUCGGACUGAAAGACCCGUGCAGACCAGAGGUAAAAUCCGCCAUCGAAGCUUGCACCAAAGCAGGCAUCGCCGUCAAGAUGGUCACCGGCGACAACGUCCUCACGGCUCGCGCCAUCGCCAAGGAAUGCGGCAUCAUCUCCGGCAACGACGACGACGCCGCCGGCGUCGUGAUCGAGGGGCACGAGUUCCGCGCCAUGUCGGAGCAGGAGCAGCUCGCCAUCGUCGACAACAUCCGCGUCAUGGCGCGGUCGCUGCCACUCGACAAGCUGGUGCUCGUCCAGCGCCUGAAGCAGAAGGGCCACGUGGUGGCCGUCACCGGCGACGGCACGAACGACGCGCCGGCGCUGAAAGAAGCCGACGUGGGCCUCUCCAUGGGAGUCCAGGGCACCGAGGUCGCCAAGGAGAGCUCCGACAUCGUCAUCCUCAACGACAACUUCGACACGGUGGUGACGGCGACGCGGUGGGGCCGCUGCGUGUACAACAACAUCCAGAAGUUCAUCCAGUUCCAGCUCACCGUCAACGUCGCGGCGCUCGUCAUCAACUUCGUGUCGGCGGUGACCACGGGCAGGAUGCCGCUGACCACGGUGCAGCUGCUGUGGGUGAACCUGAUCAUGGACACCAUGGGCGCGCUGGCGCUCGCCACGGACACGCCGACGGCGGGGCUGAUGCGCCGCCCGCCCAUCGGCCGCGCGGCGCCGCUGAUCAGCAACGCCAUGUGGCGCAACCUGGCGGCGCAGGCGGCGUACCAGGUGGCCGUGCUGCUGGCGCUCCAGUACCGCGGCUUCGGCGGCGCCGGCGCCGGCGAGAGGGCGAACGGGACGAUGAUCUUCAACGCGUUCGUGCUGUGCCAGGUGUUCAACGAGUUCAACGCGAGGGAGAUCGAGAGGAGGAACGUGUUCGCCGGCGUGCACCGGAACAGGAUGUUCCUGGGCAUCGUCGCCGUCACGGUGGCGCUGCAGGUGGUGAUGGUGGAGUUGCUGACCAAGUUCGCCGGAACGGAGAGGCUGGGGUGGGGGCAGUGGGGCGCCUGCGUCGGCAUUGCCGCCGUGUCGUGGCCCAUCGGGUGGGCCGUCAAGUGCAUCCCGGUGCCGGAGCGGCCGUUCCACGAGAUCAUCACGGCGAGGAGGAGGAGGAGAAGAUCGACAUAACUAUCAACGCUUACCACUGUUCAUAUUUUCGGAUUUUUGUCGGUAGCUUAGGCCAUUCUUUUGGAGAUAUUAUACCAUCUUGUUAUUUGCCAUAUAUAAUAUGAUAUAUGAUUUGUUUGGUUCAUCAAUAUUACUCA